GAUAACAGUUAUGUUGGAAAUAAUGUAAUUUUUUUUCGGUCACUAAACUAGUGCCUACUUAAAAUGUCUAAUUUUUUAAUACUAAACUUAAUUCACGUUUUAAUUUAUUGAACCGUAGUUCUCAAUGUUUUAUUUUUUAGAAGUUAAAAAAGUAAUGUAUUAAUUAUAAGGAUGUAUACUCUGACAUUAUAAGUGUAGGCUGUGUCAACAGUCCAAGGUUCGAACAUGGAUGUGGCCGAGUUGCAGAAUGAAAUAAAUCGGCUUACCCGUGAACUUGACCAGGCACAUACAGAAAAAGUGCAGUCGGCCACUUAUGGUCUAAGUUUGCUGGAAGAAAAACAGGCAUUAACUAAACGGUAUGAAGAGUUGGAGAAUUUAUAUGAAAAUGUCAGACAAGAAUUAGAUAUCACUCAAGAGGCUUUGACAAAAUUUCAAACUUCUCACAAAGUAACCACUAAAUCUGGCAUAGAACAAGAAGAAUCACUUUUGUAUGAAACAGCAGCUUUAGAAUCAUCAUUAAAUACCACAAUUAUAGAACUUGAAAAUGACACUAAAUUGUUAAGACAAGAGUUAGAACGUGUUCGAGUUGAACGAGACAGAGCUAUCCAAGAAAAUAAUGAAGUAUCAAGGUUGGGUAAUGAAUCUAAUCAUGAAUGUAAACAGCUUCGUUCUGAGCUACGCGAAGUGAAAUCUCGUGAGACUCAUUUACUUUCCGAUUAUUCAGAACUAGAGGAAGAAAAUAUAACAUUACAAAAACAAAUUGCUCACUUAAAAUCUUCUCAGGUUGAAUUUGAAGGCGCGAAACAUGAAAUACGUCGACUGCAAGAAAAUGUUGAAUUAUUGUAUUUGCAAGUUGAUGAGUUAGCAAAGUUGAAAAAAAUUGCUGAAAAACAAAUGGAAGAAGCUCUGCAAUCAUUACAAGCUGAACGUGAAGCUAAAUAUGCACUGAAAAAAGAAUUAGAUCAACGCAUCAACAAUGAAUCUGUUUACAAUCUCAGUAAUUUAGCUUUCAGUAUUAGAGGUAUGGGUGGAGACCAAAAUGUUGGUAGCGAUGAUGAAGAUGAUCUACCUGUAUUACGUAAACUUGAAAAUGAUAUUGGUUCGAACAUGGAACUACCAGAAUGUGGAAAACAUGAUUUGUUUAGUGAAAUUCAUCUUAAUGAACUAAAAAAAUUAGAGAAACAGUUGGAACAAGUAGAAAAUGAGAAAAGUUUACUGACACAGAAUCUUAAAGAAUCUCAAUCAGCAUCUGAUAAAUGUAAAUCAGAUUUAGAAAAUUUAGCAGCUCGUAUAUAUAAACUUGGAUCACAUAUCAGAUCUUUAGAGUAUCUUGGUGCUCAAACUAGUCUUAAAGUAGUUCCAGACAAUAAGGUUGAAGAGAGAAAUUCAAAUGCCUCUUUAGAGUACUAUCAACAAUGGUUUAGUUUAGCUUCUACAGAAAUUGAUCAGUUGCAUGGUGACUUAGAAGAACUUGAAAAACAAUUAAAUUCAUCAGAAGAAACCUUAUCAUUGAAAGAUGAAUUAAUCAUGCUCAAAAAUAAAUUAAUAGACAGAGAACAAAAGACAAUGGAACUCGAGUCAAAUGUACGCUUAUUGGGUGAACUGGCUACAGAUGCUAGUGCUUCUCUCGAUAAUGCACAAAAUGAUCUUGUUGUUAUUACUGAUGAAUUGGCUCAACUUGCCUGCCAAAUGUCAGUGUUAAAUGGAAAGUCUAUUACAUUGAAUAGUGUUGUAAAAACAGCCAAAGAAACUGAAGAAAAUGAUCCCCGUCUUGAUGUAUUACGAACAAGACUUAAGUCAGAUGUUUUUAUAAAAGAAUUAGAAAGCCUUACUGAAGCUUCAUUUGUAGCAAAAAAUCUUAGAAAUGUUCUUGAUCAAAUUAAAUUGCUCAAAGAAUCAGUAAACAUGUCUAUAGACAAUGCUAAAACUGUAAAUCGAGAAAAUCUUGACGGUCAAAGAAGUUUAAUGUUGGACAAUAAUGAUGAAUUGUCUGAUCUCCGUGAACAAGUAAUGAAAUUGCAGUCACUUUUAGCUACAAAAAGAGAGCAAAUAUCAUCAUUGCGUAUGGUUCUUAAGACAAACAAGAAUACUGCUGAGGUAGCAUUAAACAAUUUGAAGUCUAAGUAUGACAACGAAAAAAUGGUUGUUACAGAUACUAUGACUAAGUUACGUAAUGAGCUACGUACACUCAAAGAAGAUGCUGCAACAUUUUCAAGUUUGAGAGCGAUGUUUGCUGCACGUUGUGAAGAACAAGUGACUCAUAUGGACGAUUUACAAAGACAAUUAGCAGCUGCUGAAGAAGAAAAAAAGACUCUUAACCAACUUUUACGAUUGUCCGUGCAACAAAAAUUGAUGGUCACUCAACGGUUAGAAGAAAUUGAAAUGGAUCGAGAAAUGAAAAAUGUCCGACGAUCAAUGGGUACGCCCAAUUCGUCUACACCUUCUAAAACUUCUAAAAGGUAUAAUCAGACCCAACGUCGAGACUGGUAAGAUAUAUAUUUAGUAUUAUUGUUUGUAUGAAAAUGAAAAAAAAAACAUUAACAACUAACAUCAUUUGUGAUAUUUCUCCCUUUUUAAUGAGUAGGGUUGAUUUAAAUAUGUUAAACCGUCCUCUAAACAUUUUUUAUUUUAUUAAACUAAGUCUUGAAAUUACAUAAUUAUUGAGUCCCUUUAAAACCGUGGUUUCAAUAUCCGUCCUGUUUUUGAACAUCCGGUUGUUAAUAUUAUGCAUUGAAUUGCCGUCCUAAUGGUUCUCUGGUAACCUUAGCUUAAUUUUUAAUAUU